UCACGCCCCGGGUUCAGACGUUUACAGUAGUUCCAGUCAUGUACGCCCAUUAUAUGAGCAUCUGAGCAGCAGCCGGUCACUUCUACAGUACACACACUCACAAACACUUCUCAUGAGCGCUGCUUCAUUUGUCUUGGCCAGCUAGAGCCUUUCUCAUUACUAGAAACCAUAAAGGCUUGCCACCCUGGACGUCUGAUGAUGUUUGACAGUUCGCAAUAUCCUUAUAACUGUUUUAACUAUGAUGGAGAAGGAUACCCCUCAUGUGCCACUGAUGAAGAGAAGAAAGUGUGUCGACCAGCUUACAGUUACAUUGCACUAAUAGCAAUGGCUAUACAGCAGAGCCCCGAGAACAAAGUUACCCUAUCAGGAAUCUACGAGUUCAUCAUGAGGAGAUUUCCUUAUUACAGAUCCAACCAGAGGGCUUGGCAAAACUCAAUUCGUCAUAACCUCUCUCUAAACAGCUGCUUUAUAAAGGUGCCCCGUACGGAAGGUAACGAGAAAGGAAAAGGUAAUUACUGGACAUUCGCCACAGGCUGCGAGUCCAUGCUGGACCUCUUUGAAAAUGGCAACUUUCGUCGGCGCCGACGCAGACGCAACUUAAAAAUGGGCCUGAAGGAGCCAGCCGAACCCUUUGUUGCCAUGGACACUCAUCAGGGCAUUGCAGUAAGACCCAUGGAUUCAGAUUCUUUCUGCCCUGUGAACACUAGUCACAGACCGGCCCAAAACAACUCGCCUCUCAGCAAACCUGAGCCUGAGAUCAAAUUCAGCAUUGACUACAUCCUCUCCACGCCGGACCCUCUGCCCGGGUUCAGAGCCCCUAACAGUGGAGCUGGAGCUGUGAUCCAUCAUCUGGAGCCGCAACAUCUCAGUCUACACUUCUGGACCAUCUAACCAAAACCAUAGACUGAAACAGUCAAAAAAAAAAAAAACUUUAAGGCUUCUAUAGUGCGCAAACAGUCUUUCCCAUAAUGCAAAUCUUGUCAAGUAGGCACAUGCAGUUUGUUGUGUGCAUAUAGUGACUUAAAAAUAUAAUAAUACUGAAUGAUAUUGAUAAUAAUAUAUAUAGAAAAAUGCUCUUUUUGAAAAGAUCCACAUAUCGUCAUGAAUCUUUGAAGGCAUACCAUCCUCAAAAAAGUAAUAUAUUUAUUUCAUACUUAGAACAGUUCAAAUCUCUUAACAUUUUUCCUGAUAUGUCGCUCACAGCUUACUGAUAUAAAACUUAUAAUUUCACUUUAUUUGGAGUACUACUUGUACACAAUGCACAUUUCUUAAUAUUAAGUCUAAAUUGUGUUUUAAUGUCACUGUUGAUGAGGACUGUAUGAUAUUUGAAUAAUAUCUGUCUUUGAAUGCAAGAUAUUUAAAGUGUACCUGAAGUAUUGUAAUAGUUCCCCACUUUAUCACAAAUAUAUACCUCAGUAUAUCUUAAGUUGGACUUUAGUUGCACGAUUAAAGUGCAUUAAGUACAAAAUUAGUUGUUCCAAAUUUAUCAGACUUUAAGUAUACCAGUAUACCAAAAGUACAAUAGCAGGG